AUGUCUCGGCAGUCUGUCUGCAGAAGCUUUGGAGGCGGGAGUAAAAGGGGCUACAGCUCUUGUUCUGCCAUUGGUGGUGGCUUUGGAGGAAGUGGAGGCAGAAGCAGGAUCAGCUACAGCUCAUACUCCUCAUCCAGGGGAGGUGGAGGAGGUGGACAAUGUGGAGGGUUUAGCAGCAGGAGCCUCCAUAACAUGGGUGGCAGCAGAAGAAUUACUAUGGGUGGAGGAUAUGGUGGUGGAGGAUAUGGAGGCAGAAUGGGUGGCUUUGGUGGACAAUGUGGAGGAGGAAUGGGUGGCUUUGGUGGUGGAAUGGGUGGCUUUGGUGGUGGAAUGGGUGGUGGUGGAAUGGGUGGCUUUGGUGGAGGAAUGGGGGGUGGAGGAAUGGGUGGCUUUGGUGGAGGAAUGGGCGGUGGAGGAAUGGGUGGUUUUGGUGGCCCUGGCUUCCCUGGGGGCAUCCAACCGGUGCAAGUUGACUCAAGCCUCCUGCGGCCGGUCCAUGUCGAGAUUGACCCACAAAUCCAGCAAGUGAAAAACCAGGAGAAGGAACAGAUCAAGAGUCUUAAUAACCAAUUUGCCUCCUUCAUUGACAAGGUCCGCUUCCUGGAGCAACAGAACAAAGUCCUGGCCACCAAGUGGGAGCUGCUCCAGCAGCAAGGACCUUCAGGGCCAAGGAAGAACCUUGACACCAUCUUUGAAAGCUACAUCCAGAACCUGAGGAGGCAGCUGGAUUCAAUCCUGGGACAGAGGGGACAGCUUGAGUCAGAGCUGCAGAACAUGCGGCAAUAUGUGGAGGAGUACAAGACCAAGUAUGAAGAAGAAAUCAACAGGCGCACUGCAGCUGAGAAUGAGUUUGUGGUGCUCAAGAAGGAUGUGGACAAUGCCUACAUGACUAAAGUAGAGUUGGAAGCCAAGGUGGGAGCUCUGACCGACGAAAUCAACUUCCUGAGAUAUAUCUUUGAGGAGGAACUGUCUCAGAUGCAGACCAUCAGCCGGGACCUGUCUGUGGUGGUGUCCAUGGACAACAGCAGGAACCUGGAUAUGGACAGCAUCAUUGAGGAGGUCAG